UUUGAAAGCAUGACGGGACCUACUGUCACACGUCACAUCCGGAUAAAGAUGGCAGCGACCUUGUGUGGCAGGCUUCUUCCAAAAGCGGGAUGGGUGCCAAUAACCCAGAGUAUUCGUCAUGGCUCAAAAGCAGUCACACGCCACAGAAGGCCAAUGCACAUUAUAAAGCAGAAACUCAUGGCUGUCACAGAGUACAUUCCUCCUACGCCAGUAGCUCCUCCUGGUGCUCUGACUCCACGAGUUAGAAAGAUUGAAGAGGAAAGUGGCCUGGCCAUUCUAUUGAGGAAAGACCUGGAAACCUUGUUUAAGGAAUGUAAGAUGAUUGCUGUGGUCCAGAACAACGCUUCCAAUGCAGAAGACAUGCAACUUCUAAAACACAGACUGAAAAAACACACAAUCAAUGUUAAAUUCUUCCCUAACCAGGUGAUGAGGUCCUUCCUCAAUGACGGUAUAUAUAGAAACAUGUUGCCUCUAGUAAUUGGCCAGACUGUCAUAUUUGUUAGUAAAGAACCAAAAGUUAAAGAAAUGCUGCAAGUGUUGAGGGGCAAUCCACAGAUGGUGCUUCUAGGAGCUUGUAUAGAGAACACAUUGCUGUCGUAUCAAGGCAUUCUCAAUUAUUCCAAACUCCCUUCUAUGACAACCAUACAUGGUGAGCUGGUUAGUGGUCUUACCAUGAUGACCUCACAGACUGUCUCAAUUUUACAUCGUCAUCCAGCCCAUCUUUCUGCGCUGCUUCAGCAGUAUGUCAAACAGCAGGGCUCUGGGGACACAACAGAUACUGUGUCGGACAAAGAUGCUGCAUAAUGAUUUUUUAAAGAAUGACAGAUGCAGUGUCAUUUGGUGCAGACUCACAGUAUGUGUUUGGGGCAACUGUAUAUGUUUGACACAUACAUUUGCAUAAAAUAAAACUUUUAUUUAUAGGGGUAUCUAGACAAGUUCAUCACGGUUCACAAGGAUACUGCAUUCUCUUCCAUCAAAACAUCUACUUUUGUAUGCAAAACACUGGCAGUUUGAUGAUUUGAAAUUUACAUUUCACCACUAAUGCACAAAGUGUAAGAAAAUGAGUUAAUUUGCCUAGGCAUCACUCAAACGUUAGCUUUCUGUUUUCUAUCAUUGGACAAAAGAGUUUCUGAUAGCUCCAACCAUAAUGGACACACCUAAGCAAGUUAAUCAAAGUAUUCAGAAUUACUUGACAAUUAUAGAACACUAUUAGUGUGUUGGUACUAUUUUUAAGGAAUAAUAAAUAAUAUGCUAAACCAAUUUAAUAGGCAGUUUAAAUAGUUGUAAAUCUUCAUAGGUUCUAACACAAUGCAUUUUUAAUAUAUUUGAAGGCCAAGAAGAACAUGCAUCUGUUCUGCUUAAGGAAACAGUAGCUAGUGGUGGUCAUGGAUUCAGAUUAGUGCUAAUCUCUGGAUUACUUCAUGUUAAUCUAGGUCAGUUAACCCUUAAAGUUUGCAAUUCCAGGUUUGCUUUAUAAACCUUAACGUGAUUCACAGCUAUUUGGUGUGUAGUUAAGCAAUUGUAUGUGGAACUCUUUCUUGGAUAAACAUGUGCAUUUGUGAAUCUCUAAAAAAUAAAUGUGCCUAUAUUUGA